UUAAAUGCAAUAAGUAUGAAGAAUGCUUCAUUUACUGGCUGCAGGGGUCUGUGGGUGUUGCUACUGUGCAGCUGACUGUAAUGCAAAUAACCUGCAGUUAUAGGUUGGAGGGAUUCUAGGGCUAAAAUGCAUGUAAUGCAAUUAAUUUGUUAUCUAUUGGUUGCAGGGGUCUGCAUACAUGCAAAUAACUUGCAGUAAUAGGUUGGGCAGGGAUGCUGGGAGUUGUAGUCCAGUAACAUCACAGUGGGCUAAAAUGCAGUUAAUGUGAUGAAUGCUUUGUUUAUUGGCUGCAGGGGUCUGUGGUGUUGCUUCAGUGCAGCUGACUGUAAUGCAAAUAACCUGCAGUUAUAGGUUGGGCAGGGAUGCUGGGAGUUGUAGUCCAGUAACAUCACAGUGGGCUAAAAUGCAGUUAAUGUGAUGAAUGCUUUGUUUAUUGGCUGCAGGGGUCUGUGGUGUUGCUUCAGUGCAGCUGACUGUAAUGCAAAUAACCUGCAGUUAUAGGUUGGGCAGGAAUGCUGGGAGUUGUAGUCCAGUAACAUGUGGGUUAGGCUGAGGCAGUGGCCUGAUGCUGAUGAAGGUACAAUGAGCGUCUGUGGCAAUUGCAGAUUAUUUUGGUCUCAGCCAAUAAGGCUAGUGAAGUCAUGAUGUCACAGUGCUGCUGCUUGUUUCCCCGGGGGUCGGCGACCUCCUGACUGCAGAUGUUCAGUUGCCUCCUUGCUGUGUGUGUUCAGGGGCAGCAUGGCUUGUUUGGUGCACUUCUCUGCUCCCGAACUACAUUUCCCACAACGCCCCUCUCUCUUCUCCCCUGUGACGUCAUGCCCCUCCCCUGUGUUUGUUGUGCGCGGGUAAAUCUUAGAGUGUCCGGCGCGCCCUCUGCUGCCUGUGAGGAGUAAGUGCGCGGCUGUCGUUUAGCGGCUCGAGCUGAGGGAACUUCUGGGAUUUUCUCAGGCUACUCGGGCUCCUUAGUAAUAAUAUUAAUCACAGGGUUCAGUGGUGUGAGUGACGUCAGUAUAGGCGGGACGCUAUAGGAUAAUGCCCGGGACACGUGGGUUUCCGCUACAGACCGCGCUGAGUGCACUUCCCUGAGUUCCCCAGCAGUUGGCGCCUGGGAGAAGUGAGUCUCCUCCCCUCGCAGUCUUCCUCUCCGUCCGUCCGUGUGACGGCGCCAUUUUGCCCCUUUCCUACCCGGGAAUUAGAGAAGAGGCAGCGCCGACCCCGCGGAUUUGCCCCGGUCACGUGCGGGGGUGACGUUUAUCCCCCGGAGAGAAGCCUGUUGUUGUUCCCCGGAUCGCUCGCACCUUCCUCCUUUUAUUGCGACUCCCCCGGAGGCGGGGAGAGAAUAGGAUGUAGCGCCCCCGCCUGGAGCUGCGGAGAAGUGUUAACAAGUAUUUCCCUUGGACCUGCACAAAGACAACGUGGCCUGCCCCGGCUUCCCCCACUGGGGAUCCCUUCCCCUCCCGUCCCCCUUCUUCUUCUCCCCAGUGCUGAAUGGCUGCCAUGGCUCCUGCUCUCACUGACCCCGACGCCCACAAGCUGCACUUCAAGCUGGCGCCCCCAUCAUCCUCUCUGGCCCUUGGUGAGGUUAACGGCGCCUGUUUGCCUCCUGCUCCUGAGCUGGUGUCUAGUUAUUGUGGAACUAUAAGCAAGCAGCAGCUGAAACUGGCCGGAGUCCUUGGCCCCUGCUCCAUCUUGUCUCAGUCAUUGUGCCGGGGACGGCCCUCAAUGUUGGAGAUCAAGCUGGAGGAGCUAAGAGGCAUCACUAAUUCUGGGAGAGGAGGACAAGAGGGACCUCUGAAUGGGCUGGCAAAGAAACUCAAUAAGCCGCCCGUGAAUGUCCCUAACCUGGAAGCUUUGGUCAAGACUCCAGCCGUCUCCCCAGAAUCCCCUGCUGCAGCACAAGAAGAGAAGGGAACUCCUGCGGAACCUACUUCAGGGGCCCGACUAAAAGCACUUUUACACCGUCAUGGGGAAAUGGAAGAGCGCGCCCGGCGCCUGCAGAAACGCCUGCGUCUGGUACAAGUGAAACAGGUGGAGCGACACCUCCAUCAGCAACUCGGGGGCCUUGUCGGAGCUUCUGUAAACCGGACCCUGGAGUCUCCUGGUUUUCGGCCGAGCGUGUUCACUCGGAAAGCUGAGGCCCAGCGCAGGGUGGAGGAGGAGGGUUCCGGCUCACACGCGUUCUUCAAGGAAGCCGCCCCGCAGCUGGAGAAGCUGAGUUUAUCAGGUGGAGCUGCGCUGAGGGCAUGCGAGCUUGGAUUUGACUCUGAUGCUACUGAGAGCAGUUCAGGUGGAGAUUCGGAUAUUGAGGAGGAGGAACUGAAUCGGCCCGAUACACGGAGAAACCACGUUCCACUGAAGCGCCGGUGUGAAUGGAGCUGGGCCCAAGAGCGCGCGGAUGUGGUGAGUCGAUGGAACUGGCUGCAAGCUCACGUGUCCGACCUGGAAUACAGGAUCCGCCAGCAAACUGAUUUCUACCGUCAGCUCCGGGCUGGGAAGGGACAAGUGAUCCUUGGGGAGUCAAGUCCUGAGACAACUGGGGAGAGUCUCCUGGACUCAAGAACCUCGUCUUCUCCUUCAUCAGAUGCAGAGAGGCGGGCCGAUUCCGGCACCACAGAAGCCAAAUCAUUGCAGAGACCAAUUAACGGGGUGGUUAACAUGCCUCCUCCUGUAUUGCCCCCUCGGUCUGGCUCAGAGCCCCAAGAGCUGACAGUCAGUAAGCCACUCCCAGAUGCCACGUGUGUGUGUGCCAGGACAAGGCCUGUAGUUGCCUGCAAGCGGAGGAGGAUCAUGCGGCCUGACAGACUACUGACGCUUAACAAGAAGUUUCAGAGGGGUGUCACACACGUGUGCCAUGUUUCCGCCUCUUGUCUAAUGUGUGUCAGUCUACCUGGCCCCUCCCCCGAAUUCCAAUACAGCGACCCCCUGACUGAGCGUCUGGCACUGCUGGAUCCAUCGCUUCACCCCGUCUUAUCCUGCCCACAUGACAUCCCGGGCAGCCUCCGUCUCCUCUCUCUCCUGCGCUCUCACAAACAAGACCGGAGCAAGUCCAUAAAGAAGCUAAAAGUGCGGCCCCUCGGCCAGCUCCAAUCUACUCCUGAGCCCCCACGUAGGGACCGAUUACACGCGACUCUGCACAGAGUCUCUCACCAUCGCUCUACUGAUCUCACUCCCAAACAUCACUUGGACUCCUCCCUCCGCACGCUGAAGAUUGACAGGUCCUUCCUCUCCAGACCGGAUCCCUCAGUCCCACCCACUUCUCAUGUCAAGAGACGGCAGUUUGGACUCCCAGACAAAAAUGCAGGACCCCAGCAAGUGGAUGUGUCUGUUAUCAGCCCUACACCAAUCACUGCCUCUCCUGUGCCUCAUCCCACGCUCAUCCGACAACUUUCUGCAUCAUCUGAAGGACAGAUACAUUCCUAUUCUGCUUCUGUGGCUGCCCGACGCCGCAGGACUGAAAGCUCCUAUGACAUCAACAACAUUGUCAUCCCCAUGUCGGUGGCGGCAACUACAAGAGUGGAGAGACUUCAGUACAAGGAGAUCCUCACACCCAGCUGGCGUGUGGUUCACAUCACUCCUGUUACCCCAAAUAAUGAGGAAGAUUCGGAGGAGUUGGAGGAUCUCUCGGACGCUGCAUUCUCUGACUUACACGCAAAGUGUGAAGAACAGGAGCGAGCAAGAUGGCUGAGCAGUGGCCCUCCCCAGCGGCAUGGAAGCCGCUCCCACAGAACGUCUGAAAGCUCCGUCACCCCUUCCUCUGGUCCUCGUCCCCUCACCCCUCAACCCUCGUCCCCCGACACAGGCAGUUGGCAAGCCCUCCCCGACUUCUCCCCUCUCAGCCCCGACGUUCUCUCGGCACCUCCCACCCCCACCUCCCGCGAGACCUCCCGCCUCCUCUCAGAAGAGACCCAGAGCUCCGUGUCUGACUCCGGACGUGAAGAGAUGGUUGUGCACCCCUGGGAACGGAGAAACUUCCCCCUCUCAUACAGUCCCAAGCAGGAACUCGCAGGACCUUGUGAGCCCCCUGACUGGGGAGGACCCCGCCCCCCGCGCCGGCCUUCCUGCAGCUCUAGAACUGCCAAAGACCCAGAGGAUCCCCCGUCCCCUCCCCCCACUCCUGUCUCAAGACCCCGACCUCUGCACAGAUAGAGAGGCGAGGAGAGCAAUUCCCCCAAAAAGAGACUUUGGCGCCACAAAAAAAAAAAAAAAAUCAACUGUUUGAUAUUCAAACUUGAACCCCGGAAGAGUGCGCCAUUUUCACAAUUUUCAGUGAAUUUAAGGACUUUACGGGAGAAUAUUUUCUUUGUUUUUGUUGUUUUGUUCCAAUAUGGGAGGGGGGGCAUGGAAACUGCUUGUCUGGGUGUAACUGGGGCACAAGGAAGCGCAGGCAGUUUGCAAAGAUGAUCAUGUUGACAUUUCCUCUGUCCCUAUUGGCUGAGAGAGUAGAGACCCCCCCCAUCCAUUUCCCUAUCACUGAAUUCCCACAGGCUUGUAGGGCUGGAAUGUUCAUUCCCACCACAGCGACCCCCUCCCCCCAGAAAUUAAACUCCAUGUUAAUUAAGCACUUAGUGUUCAGAGGGGAGACAGGACUUGAUUACAGAGCUCACAAUCAAUCAACCAAUAGAAGCUCAAGAUCACUUUGUGUUUUCCUGAUCACCCAUUGGUGUCCAUUCUUUUUCCAUUACAAUUCUGCUUUCCCGUUUUCUGAAUAUUCAUGUAGUUAAUUCCCUCUGACCCCCCACAUUAUGCCCAGAUAUUCUGCCCCUUCCUAAAAUCAUUUUGGCUUCUCCCCAUCCUCAUUCUGAACCCUGCCUUCAACUUUUAAGCCAAUCAGAAACCUUAAGCUGAAAGCCAUAGAGGGGGUGUUCCCGCCUAGUAGUCAUAAUUCUAGUUCCUGAUUGGGCGAAAGGCGUUUGUGACAGUUGUUUCUCCUUUCUGCCGAUGUUCUGCCCCAUAAUGUAGCAGUAAGGUCACCAUUUUGCCCCCCCUCCCCUUUGUUCUUUACAAGUAGACCCCAAAUUCUUCUGCUGUGUUUUAGAGAUGCACCGAAUCAAUUCAGGCCAAAUCCCCGAAUCAUAAUUUGCAUAAGGGUGGGAAGGGGAAACCAUUUUUUACUUACUUGUUUUGUGACAAAAGGUCAUGUGAUGUCCCUCCCUGCCCCUAAUUUACAUAUGCAAAUUAGGGGCAUAUGCAAAUUAGGCUUCUGUUUGGCCGGGCAGAAGUAUUCGGCUGAAUCCUGGAUUCGGUGCAUCCCUACUGUAGAAUAAAAAUAAUUCCCAAAUAUUCCUUCCUACUUGCCCUUGUUACACCCCCCCCCCCCAGGUUUAAACACUUUCCCCCAUAUGUAAUAAAAGGCACGCCCAGGAGCAGUAACACAUAGCAACCAAUAAGAUGCUUGCUUUUAAACAGGUGACCAGUAAAUGCUUCCUGCUGAUUGGUUGCUAUGGGUUACUGCUUUUAUUGCAUUACCCCCUUUGUUCUAGAAUUCAAAAGUUCCACAUAUUUUAUGUGUUUAACCUGCUUCUCUUGUAACUCCCUUAUUUUUCUUUUAGUCUUUGUGCCAAUCAAAAGGCUCCUUGGCACUUAACAUGUUUUAAAUCCCCGCCCCCUUUCCCCUCCCCCAAAUUUUCUGAGCAUUAAUAAACAGCUUUGGUUCUCCGGCAAGAACAUACAUUGAAACGGACGAGAGAACUUUUAGCUUUGUAUAAAGGAGAUCAGUAAAGAAUUGUAUUUUUUGUAAAUAACUUUUUAUUGGCUUUUCUGCCUAUUGUUUUUUUUUUGGACGGCAGAAAGAUGGCGGAACAGGCGCCAGUUACUGGGUUGUAUACGCGGAAGAGGGGAUAAAAAUUAUGCGUUUUUGUUGUUUUCAGGGUAAUCUUUUCUUUGUUUAAUGUCUUUAUCCUGUUGGAAAAAAAAUAAGCACUGGGCAAAGUGCGAAAAAGGGGAAAAAAAAGCCAAAAAAACUUAAAUAAUAAACCAGUUAAACACUG